UUCCCUGCUGCUGCCAUGUUGGAUGUACGCAUCGCAGCUGCAGCUGCAGGAGUUUCCUAAUGAAAGUUGAGCGUUUUUCCGUCAUUAGACACUUAGCGACUCUUUAGUUUUAUAUUUAACACCAGUCGGAGGAGUUAAGGUUUCUUCUUACGCAGAAGCAAGCCUGGAAAACACCUUCUGUCCUCCGCCCUCCUGCCCGGAGUCGGACUGAGUGGAGAUGAUCCGGUUGCAGGCCACAGCAACCGGAGCCCGCAUGGAUUUUCUGUAAUUUUUAGUGUUUGCUGAGUCCAUUCCGGUGAUCACUGCGUCGUUUUAGGGUUAACUAGAAGUUUUGGACCCAUGAACAGCCACCCGCCGCCCCGCAGGGCUGCUAACGUCGGCUCCCUGCUUCUGACCCCGCAGGAGAACGAGUGCCUGUUUGGCUACCUGGGAAGGAAAUGCGCCACCCUGUGCUCGGCGGUGGUUCAGGUGUAUGUAGCCGACCGAAGCUGUAGCUGGGUGAAGAGGUGCUGUGGAGUGGCCUGCCUAGUCAAAGACAACCCCCAGAGAUCCUACUUCAUCAGAGUGUUUGACAUCAAGGAGGGGAAAACCAUGUUUGAACAGGAACUGUACCACAGCUUCUCCAUUAGCAGCUCCAGACCAUACUUCAUCUCAUUUGCAGGCGACAGUUGUCAGAUUGGUCUGAACUUUGCUAGUGAAGAAGAGGCCAAACGAUUCAGAGCUGCCAUCAAUGACCUGCUCAACCGACGACAAAGGAAAACAGAGAAAAGAAGUGACCCUAAAAAUGGUCUGGCUCUGCCCAUGGCCACAGUGGACAUCAAGAACCCAGAGAUCAACAAUGUCCGAUUCCACAACUCCCACAGCCACCAGCAGCCAUACCACCUUAACAACAUGCUGAGCCACAGUGGCUUGACAAGGAAGGACAAAAAGACCAAAGGCAAGAAGAAGAAGCUGACCAAGGCUGACAUCGGCACACCCAGCAACUUCCAGCACAUCGGUCACGUGGGCUGGGACCCAAACACAGGUUUUGAUCUGAACAACCUGGACCCCGAACUCAAGAACCUGUUCGACAUGUGCGGCAUCUCUGAGGCGCAGCUAAAGGACCGAGAGACAUCCAAGGUUAUCUACGACUUCAUUGAGAAGAAAGGAGGCGUUGAGGCCGUGAAGAAUGAGUUGAGGAGGCAGGCACCCCCUCCACCUCCCUCUCGGGGUGGUCCCCCUCCUCCUCCUCCGCCUCCCCACUGCUCAGCUCCACCCCCACCUCCACCUCCACCAUCCAGAGGAAGCCGAGGAGCCCCUCCUCCCCCACCUCCGUCCAGAGCCCCCGUCUCAGCUCCUCCACCACCACCUCCUUCCAGACCAGGAACUCUGGGUGCCCCUCCUCCCCCACCUCCUCCCACCAGAGGAGGUCACCAGCCACCUCCUCCUCCCCACCACCACCAUCACCAGCCUCCCCCCCCUCCUCCUCCAUCCUCCUCACACUCCUCCAUUGCUCCACAAGCUCCACCCCCUCCACCUCCUCUACUGGCCCAGCAAUCUACAGCAAACAGUGCCCCUGCACCACCUCCUCCCCCUCCUCCUCCACCUCCCCCGCCAGGGCCCCUCCCCCCUCCAGAGAUGGACGGUGUAGGUGGAGGCGGAGAUUCACCUCAUUCGCCAAGCCCAGUUGGCAAGUCAGCACUGCUGGAGCAGAUCAGAGGAGGAACUCAGUUGAAGAAGGUGGAGCAGAACCACCGAGCACCAACGUCCAGCACUGGACGAGAUGCCCUGCUGGACCAGAUCAGACAGGGAAUCCAGCUCAAGACUGUGUCGGAUCAUCCAGAGUCUGGUCCUCCAACGCCGGCUCCAGCUGCAGGCAUUGUCGGCGCUCUUAUGGAAGUGAUGCAGAAGAGGAGCAAAGCCAUCCAUUCCUCAGACGAAGAUGACGAUGAUGACGAAGAGGAAGACUUUGAGGAUGACGAUGAGUGGGAUGACUAGUGCAGAUUUGUCUCCUCAACACCCCACCCCUCAACCCUGCACUACAGCUGACACAAAAAUAUCUCCUAAAUAUCUUCCAGAUUCUGACUAAAAUUGUAAUGUAAAUGUUGUAUGAAUUUGCUGUAUAUUUAUUUUUGCCUUUUUGCUUUUUUUAUGGUUACUAUUAAUCUGUGCAAUACCUCAUCCGUUAAAUCUGUUACAUUCACGACAUACCCUCAUCGUUACAGCUCCUCCACCUCUCCUAUGUCAUUAAAAAGCACUUAAAUCCAUCAUCAGCACAAUGUGAAGAUGCCGCCAGCUACAUUUCAUUGUCAAUGAUCAAUAGCAUAAACACUCUGCUGAGAGGAGUUAGAGACCUUGUGUGCUCGUUGGGAAUUUCAUUUUUUUUUUUGUAUUCACGUAAUUUGUGAAACUUAAAAGGGAGACUUAUGUGCGACCAAACAGGCAGGAUCCUCUUUGUGUUUGAUAGUAGUUGGUUUAAAUGCAAGAUAACACUAUUUUCUUACUGCGCUUCUUUUCGUACCUUCGAGUUUCCUACUAAAUCGCAGUUUAGUCGUGUUAUUUUUACAUAAAGACAUCCGAUGACCACAAUGCCGCAGCUUGGUUGCCUGAUGUGGAUGUUAGAUUUUCAGUUUUUUAAUGUAAUUAAAGUUGUUUAUUUGCACAACUAUCUUUAUGAUAGUUCGGUUUCGGUUGUUUGUUUUUCUGGAUGUGCAUUUGUCAGGAACAGUUUUUAUUUUAUUUCAAGCAGGAUGUAUCAGCAGUGAAAUCAUUUUACAAGCUUAAGGUUUUGCAGUAUUGCAGCCUUUAAAUGCAGUUCCAAACAUGACUGACAAUGUUUAAGUUAGCAACUUUUUCAAGGCUGAACACACAUGAACUCACACACACUGCGUGGCAUUUGUGAAAUAAGAGUUCUGUUCUUACAUCUGGUUGGUUGUUUUUGUUGUAACGUCAUUCCGUUAUUCCCUGCAGGAGGAGCAUCAACAGGGUCUUGCAUCAUAGCAAAACUAAAAAUUUAUAGUGUGGUGUGUGUGUAUAUAUACAUACAGACCUACAUAAAUACAGAUACACACACAUACAUGCAUCAGUCAUACAUCACUUCCAUCCUUAACAAACUAUGAUUUUAUGCAAUGCGACUGUAAAUGCCUCCUAAUGGAAAAUAAUAGAAAAAGCAAAUAAUAA